UACAUCCUAUGUAAAAGUGUGACAGAUUUUAGCGAGACAAGAGUUUAUUGCGUAUUAUGGUUUAAUAUGUGCGGUUGUGUUCCAUAUUUGAAUUUAUAUGACCUCAAAGUGUCCUAAAUUAUUGAGUUAUAAGACAACAAUUUAGUUAUUAGUUGGAAGUCAUUAUUAGUGCAGAAAUGUUUCCAAAUCAAUGGGGUAUACGGCAAGGGCAAGGAUUAAUGUCAGGUUUUCAGGGAAUGAAUCCCAUGAUGCAGCAGACAAUGCUGUCACAAAACAAAAUGCAAGGCAACUGGAACCAGGUGCAUCAGGAACCUAUUCACUGGAGUAUGCAGCAGCAACAGCAAAUGCAGCAGCAGCAACAACAACAACAUCAGCUCCAGCAACAGCAACAACAGCAGCUGCAGCUGCAGCAGCAACAACAACUGCAUCAGCAGCGCAUGAUGCAGCAGAAUCAGCAAUCCCGAAGGCAAAUGAUGGGCAUAAAUCAGAUGAAGCCUAACAUGCCACAGCACAAUGUGGGUGGACAGCGCAUGCCUGGUCCAGGUGGAAUGGAAAUGAUGGGUCAAAUGGGUUCAGAAAAGGCCAUUCUUGGCCCGAGACCAAUAAAUGUCAGUGAAGUUGGUCCAGGCUCAACUGUUGGCAGCAUGCAGCAGAAACGGCUGGACCAAGGUUUGCCUCCAGCAGAGGCACCAAAUACUACUGCUGUUUCCAAGCAAACGACUGAAAAACCAAUUGUUGACAAAGUAGAAGGCAUAAACGUAGAAGAACCUGCAACAGAGGAGAACAAACCUAAAACUGAAGGAGAACCAGAAUUUGUUUCCAAGAAUCCAGUUGAGCAACAGAAGUUGUCUCAGCUACAAGUGAUGGCGACACAGUGGCAGCAAACGAAACCAAUGCGAGACUUUCUCACACAACAGCAGCAGAACAUAAUGCAGAUGCAGGAGGUGCAAUACAGUUGUCCGGCUCAGCAGCAAGCUACAGCUCAAGAUCAGGUUAAUAAUCAAGGAUGUGAAAUUGGAAUGGAGGAAGAAGAGUUUAAUAAACAAUAUAACCAGUGGGAAAAACAGUUUGAAGAGUGGAAAGAACAGAACAAGGAUCACCCAGAUAAGAAUCUCUUCAAGCAGUACGAGCAGCAGUGGCUGCAAUGGAAAGAGCAGAUGAAUGUUGAGCGGGAGAAACUGAAAGAGAAGCACCAGAAGCAGAAUGAAGCUAAGCGAAUCCAACAAGGCCAGAUAAGCCAGCGGAUGCCACAGAUAGCUCAGGCGCAGUCACCUCUACCAGGUCAUGUAGGAGGAGGGUUCCCACGGCAACAAGGAUCCAUGUCAAAUUUUAGUCAACACCAGCCGCAACCGCAACAAGGGUCAGCACAUAAUUUCAGUCAGCACCAGCAGCAGCAGCAAGUCGCAGGACCUAAUUUCAGUCGGCACCAGCAGCAGCAAGUGCCAGGUCCUAAUUUUCCUCAGCAACAACAAGCAAUGCGAGGGCCUGGUCCUAAUUUCAUGCAACAUCAGCAGCAAGGGUCAGGUCCUAAUUUCGGUCAACACCAGCAGCCAAUGCGAGGCCCAGGACAGAAUAUUCGCCAACAACAGCAAGAGUCACUAUCAAAUUUAGGUCAACAACAGCAGCAACAAAUAAGAGGACCAUCUCAAAACCUCGGUCAACCACAACAAGGUCCAGGCCCUAAUUUUGGUCAACAGCAACUGCAAAUGCGUGGACCAUCUCCUAAUUUCAAGCAACAGCAGCAGGUACCACGAGGAUCAACUCCCAGUCUUGGUCAACAGCAACAGCGUGGACCAGGUCCCAAUUUCAAUCAACAACAACGAGGACCAGCUCCUUCCCUCAACAAACAACAACAACAACAACACGAGCAACAACAUCAAGGACCAGCUCCCAAUCUCAACCAACAGCAACAAAAACAACCACAACGAGGACCAGGUUCCAAUCUCAACCAACAACAACAAAAACAACCACAACAAGGACCAGCUCCCAAUCUCAACCAACAACAACAAAAACAACCACAACGAGGACCAGGUUCCAAUCUCAACCAACAACAGCAAAAACAACCACAACAAGGACCAGGUUCCAAUCUUCAUCAACAUAAAUCUGAUGAUGUUGUACAGGGUAAAGGGUCUGCUCGCAUAGGUUCGAGUGUGCCUGAAUCGAAACCUGGUGAAAAAGAAAGCACGGCAAUGCAAGGAAAGCAGACUCCUGAAAAGCCCAGUUUACAGAAAGAUAAUCUGGUCCAAGAUCAGAAACAGAACCCUGUCCCAGUUACAGCAGUGAAUUCUCCAAAUAAGACUGUGCCACAACCAAGUAAACAGGAGCAGAAGAAGCUGCCGUCACUAAUGGACAUUACUGUUAACAUAGAUGGACCUCUAUUCACUAAUUUCGAAACAAAAUCAAAUAGUGUUGACAGAAUGAACACACCCAUCACCCAGUCAGUUGCAACUGCGAUUGAAAAUACCACAAAUACUGCUAGUGCAUCAACAGGUGAAAAAAAAGCAGCAGAAGUGUCCACUACUAAAAAUGAUGAGAAAGUUGAGCAGACACCGACUGCCAUCACCACUAAACCAGAAACAAAAGCGCCUGGGCAGUCUGCACCUGCAGGGGAAACUCCGGUUUCGAAGCCAGAUGCACCAAAGCCCAAAGAAGCUGAGGAGAAGAAAGUGGAUUCAAAGAAGGAUACUAGAAGCACAAAAAGUGCAGAGUCGCUCAGCAAGGUAAAACUCGACCGCUUUGGGCGAAGCGUCGACAUGCGGGAUAAGUACUCGGAGGAAGACAAAUUAAAGGAAAGGCAAGAGAGAGACCGUAAUAGAGACGGUGAUCAUGACUCACGAAGAGAUCGCAAUUGGGAUAAUAGUAGAGGUAGGAGAUCAUGGGACCGGGACAGCCAGCGACCGAACUGGGAAAGAGAGAGGGACCGGGACAGCCAGCGACCGAACUGGGAAAGAGAGAGGGGCCGAGGGGACAACUGGAGUAGAGGUCACAGGGGAAGAGGUUAUGGGGCCGGAAGAGGUGAUCAUGGUCAGUGGGGCAGAAGGGAUGCCGAGCAAGAGAGGAAAGUUGAUCCAUGGCUGAAGCACUCAAAUGAACCAUCACCCUCAAGUAAGGGCCAAGAAGAGCAGGGGCAUGAGCAGGACCAAAACGAGAAGAGUAAGAACAUAGAGCAGUUACAGGAGCAGGUGAGUCUGAAGGGUCUCAUAGAGCAGCAGCAAAAGAAGAAGGAAGAAGAGGCAGAUCGGAAGAAGGUAGAAGAAGCAAAGAAUUCUGCUCUUGGCCUGAUAUCAGCUUAUGGCGAUGAGGAUGAAGAGGGAAAGGUUGCACCUAGAUACAAUGUGUCAGAGACUGGAGUGAGGCGUGGUUACGGUUGGAAUAGACCUGCACCAGAUCAAAGACAGAUGGAGUUCAGGAGAGGCUACGAGCACGAAGACCCUUAUUAUCGCGAAAACUAUCAAGAAGAUAGAUUUAGAGGUGAAGAGAGACUGUAUCCUGCGCAGUUCGAUGACUACAAAAGAAGGGAGGAGCCAUAUUACCGGGAAGCUUCUGUGGAACACAGGGACUACGAUCAUCACAUGGGUGGCUACCCCCCUGAACCUUACAGAUAUGGCAGCAAUUCUCCUGUGUCUGAAGACUACCGAAGACCACCAUCUCAUUCCAUGGAAAACGUUCAUGAGUUUGGGUCACCACCAGCCAAAGUGCAGGUGAUAGACUAUGGGCAUAAAAAUCCUGUAGCAGCAGGAGUCCUGGACAGGACUGGAUCUAAUAUGGACAGAAAUGAGCCAUACAGUGCUGCAGAUGCUGGUCCCCCUCCCUCGCCACAGAUAUUGCUAGCACAACAAGAAAGGGAAUUUGGACAGUACCAGGGAGAUCCUUACAGUAUGCCGAAGCGCCGGAGCUUUCCUGAACCAUACAAACGCCCGGCUGACCUUUACAGUCACGAAACUGACCGCUUCAGCCACCCAAGUGAUUCCUACAGUCGCCAAACUGACCCAUAUAGUCACCCAUCAGACCCGCAUAACCCUCAGACGGACCAAUAUCGUGGUUCCACUGAGCCAUACAGUCGUCCUGAUGACCCAUACGACCGCCCUACUGACCCGUACACCCGCUCUACUGACCCCUACAGCCGGCCCUCUGAACCAUACAGUCGAGUUUCUGAUCCCUACAUCAGGGAUUGUCACAACGAAUCGGCCAAGGAUAGCAACAGUAGAGGUGUUUACUCAUAUGAUCGUCUGCCAUCUGGUGACAACUCCAACGACAGAUUCAGUGAACGCAGGUAUGAUGAGCAUGAAGAUCGUCAGAGGGGUGGGUACCCGCAGGAGAGUUCCCAGGAGAGCCAGCUUCCCAGAGUGGAGGUGGUCAUGGUAGAGGAUCUCCUCAUGACGCCUUAUCGUGACACUCGACCUCGAAACAUUGUCAUCAUCCUCAGAGGUCCGCCUGGAGCUGGAAAGAGUUACCUCGCCAAACUAAUCAAGGCGAAAGAGAUUGAGAGUGGCGGUGCUCCACCUAGGAUUAUUGCUCUUGAUGAUUACUUCAUGGUUGAGCAUGAUAAGCACAUUCAGGAUCCAGAGACUGGGCGUAUGGUCAUGCAGAAGAUACUGGAGUAUGAGUAUGAGCAGGAGAUGGAGGAAACAUACCGCAUCAGCUUGAUCAAGUCGGUCAAGAAGACGGUUGACGAUGGUUUCUUCAGCUUCAUCAUUGUUGACGCGUGUAACGAGCUCGUUAGCCACUUUGAGGAAGUGUGGAGCUACGCGAAGCAGCGAGGAUGCCAGGUGUACAUAGCUGAGUUACAAACAGACCUUCACGUCUGCGUGAAACGCAACACGCACAACCGCAAAUUGUCGGAUAUCGAAACGUGCGUGCGAAUGCACCAAGCGGCGCCACGUCACAUGAUUCAACUGGAUGUGCGAUCGCUCCUGCAGGAUGCAGCCAUUACAGAGGUCGAAAUGGAAGACUACAUAGAAGACACGAGUGUGCCGGCCCAAUUUCAGGAGGAUGAUGAUGACGAUGAGGAUUUCAAAAAGGGCUUCAUCCAGAAAUCCCGAUGGGAAACAAUGGACGAGAGCAACCUUGAUCGACUUGACGGGUUGAUAGCCGCACACAAGCACAGGAAGCCAACUCUGGAUGAGUUCCUGCAGCUUCCUGAUGAUUACGAGUGUCGUGAGUCGCAGCCCGGCCAGAAGAGGGUGCGCUGGGCAGAUAUCGAGGAGAGGAAAGCCCAGCAGAGGCAGCGUGACCUUGGCUUCAUCGUCGGGCAGACAGACUGGAGUCGAAUGACAGGUGAUGACUCCCAUGCCAUGAACGCACUGAACCAAACCAAGUACUUCUGAAAGUGUCACACGGAGGCCUAGCCACGCCGUACAUCUGUAGCCUAUCAGUGAAUUUUUCUUGAACGAUAGCAACAGUGUUAUUGUAGUCGGGUCUCAAUUGUAUCGUCAUUGUAACAAUUGUUGUAGAAGCUGUGAAUGUUCGUACACUCUAUAUUUAUCUACUAUCUCUAGAAUAUACGUACUAGCUAGUAAUGUCUGUUCCCAUUGUAUUACAUGAUAUAUUCACAAUUAUCUGGUUGUGGAGGGCGAUAGAGCCAAGGAAAGGGUUUCUGAAAAACACCACACAGUUGUACAAUAAGAUUAGACAUUAACAAUUAAGUAUUACCCUGGCAAAUUAUGAUCACUGGACAAUAGCAAAUGAUUCUGUGCAUAAGAAUACACAGGAAAAGACGCGUCCAUAUGCAAUAAAAAACGAAAGUAAUUAGAGCAAUGAUUUCCUUCAGUUUCUGCAGUUAAUUUGAACUGAGUGAUUUGUUAAUUGUCUUAAAACCAAUUUAUCUUCUAAAGCAUGUUGCAUUUCCAUUUUAAAUGGAAUGCAUACAACAGCUGUACUUAUAGAGCAUGUGACAAUAUUAAUAGUGAAGCUUCCUUUUAUUAUAGAUUAUUGAGGUUUGAUUUAGUAUGAAUUGUGUCACAUGCUUGUGCACUCUUGUAUGGUGAAGUGUGUGUGAAAUUAUGCACAUUUUAUUUCACACCAGUUCAUCAAUGAAAAUGUAUAUUCUAUUUGAUCAUGCUUAUUAGAACCGCAAUUUAAAGUGGAUAAUUCUUGUUUAGCUGUCUUACCUGUGAGCAUUUUUAAUAACAGCUGUUAGCUUGUUUAAUCUUAUAAAAGUAUUGUUAACAAAUGUUAAUGUUUCCCUAUCUGGAAUGGCACAAUUUUAAUGUUGUUACCACACUAGUCCUUGCUCAGGACUAGAAAUUUGUUUAAAAAAACGUUGUGAAAACAGGAUCACAAGUGACUUUCGCAAGGACUUAAAUCAAAACAUUUCGUCACCGAGAACUGUCUGCUUUAAAUAAAAAGAACCAUUGCUUUUGUGAACAGCUUUACACAUAUAGAUAGACCUGGUAGGGAUCCUAUUAUACUUAUAUGUGGUUAGUAAUAUCUGGUUUGCCAAGGCAAAAAAAGUUGUCAAACAUAAGGUAAAAUUCAAGUCUGUGUCAUUGUAUGUAUGUUUACAUGUAUGAAAUAAAAAAUACCAUAUUGGAAUUUCUAUA